GUCGCCUUACUGCAUCUCCAAAUCCCCAAUAUUCACUGCAAAUUCAUUCAGUGCGUCAGUGUCUAUAGCGCACAUUGAGGUCAGUAAGUCAUUUAUGAUGCUCAUAUGAGCGACCUGUGCUGAAAUACUGACGAGUUAUUGCUCACGACGAUCAUCUUUAAAGCUGCAGACAUGUCAGUCGCGUGUUUCCAGUGCCUGAUGUUCGGUUCUGUUCUUCUGGUUUUGGUAAGUUCAGAGAUUCUGAGUGCUGGUCCAGUACUCCUCCCUAGUCCUCUCCGAUCCCACAGGCCGGUUCUGGAUGUUCCUGUGGGCUUUGAGGAACAUGAGAAGGCCUCCAAAGAACGAAAGCCUGGAUUGAUGGACAGUUCUCAGGAGAGCUCUGGGUUCUUCAGUGAAGACAGUGAAGAUAGUAAGAAUGCCAAGCCAUUCCAGCAGUGGGAUGCUCAAGAUCGCUGUCUGAUGCCGAUGAAGGUCGGACCAUGCCGUGCUUCAUUCCCUCGCUGGUACUUUAACGGCGUCACUAAAAAGUGCGAAAAGUUCUUGUUUGGAGGCUGCAAAGAAAAUCUCAAUAACUUCCUGUCGCUGGAGGAAUGUGCCAAAGCAUGCCAUACGGUCUCUGAUUUCAGUGUUUCAUCGCCCAAACCCCCUUCCUCCUCCUCUGCCUCCCUAUCUUUCAGCUCAAACCCCACUGAGAUCAACUCCUCUUCCUCGUUUUUUGUCCCCACGGCCGAAUCUUUGGAUCCGGAGCAGUGGGAGAGCGAUUCCGAAUCGAGCGGUUUUGCCCUCCACCCCUCCAUCCACCUAUCAACCACAGCUGCUGCAGACCACGCCCCCUCCACCGUGGCUUCGCCCACUCGCAGACUCGACCGUCAGAGCGACCCAGACGCCACAGCUGGACCUGACUGGCACCUCGGAUCUGAAGACCCGUUUGAUGACGAGAGGGGCCGUGUAGUCACUCAAGCACCCACGGCCCCUGAAGUGGGGCCCCUGCCGAGCCGAGGGCCCCUGCAACCUGAUGAACCCCACCCGGAUGAUUCGGAGGAAGAGGAAGAGGAGGGUAAUGAUGAAGAGUUGGUGGUUUUUCCAACUGAACCGGAUGAGGACGAAUGGCGGUACCUGACGCCCCUCACAACCGGGCCCUCGCCCUCACCAUCAGACCUGCCGCCCGUGGUCUUCACCGAGACCACCUGGCAGGCGGCACCACCCACCACAGCUGAAGAUGAGGAGGGGGCAGAGCUUCGGCAUGGUGGCACUGAAUAUCUCACAGAAACUGAACUUCAUGACUCUGAGGUGUCCCAGGAGACAGAGCAGGUGAUUUGUGUUGACUGGAGCAACCUUGCAGGGAAGGGCUACAUUGUCCUCAACAUGUCUGACAACUUUGACUGCGAUGAGUUUCGUAUGGAGAGUGGAGACAGACUCCUGGAAUUGCUGGAAAGCACCUUUUCCAGAAAGAUGAACACCCCACAAGGGUCCUGGCUCAUAUUCCUCAGCAAACCUUCUCAAGAAGACCACCAGCUUCUAAUGACAUUAGCUAGCGAACAGGAAAUCAUCCCCCCGAAAGAUGUGCUGUCAAUGCUGGGAGAAAUCAGGAGAGGCCUAUAUGAGAUUGGCAUCCAGAAUUAUUCCAGUGUAAGCACAUGCCACUCCAGGUCCAGUCAGACUCGCAGUGACUACGGGAAGCUGUUUGUGGUUCUAGUGAUCAUCGGAUCGGUGUGCGUGCUUAUAAUCGCUUCUGGAAUCGUCUAUAUCUGCUGGCAGCGCCGUAUACCCAAACUCAAAAACAUGUCGCGAGGUGAAGAGCUCCACUUUGUGGAAAACGGUUGCCAUGACAACCCCACACUGGACGUCACUAGCGACAGCCAAUCAGAGAUGCAGGAGAAGAAACACAGCGCCAAUGGGGUGACGGCUGGCGGGGAUGGCGGGAGCGGUUGGCAGGUGCUCGUCAACAAGCCCGGGAAAGAGGAGGACGACAACCAAGAGGAAGACACUCACCUUUAACUACGCCAAACAAUCCACAAACAGCAUGGAAGCGGUGUUACAUUAAAGACUAUGAAGGCACAAAAUACUCUCAAGCUUUUUCGAAACAUCUGCUGUAUAAAAUGUGAUGUAUUUUAGCUUUUCUUUAUCUGCAUUUGUGAUCGAUGAAAUUCAGAUGAACAAAAGUGCUUUACAAUGUGACGUAUGGGGCAUGGGACAAUUUCACUGCAGGAUCCAAUCAUUAGAAUUUUAUUUAAAUCGAAUGUGUCAAACAAUCACUAAGACAUUUUAAGAAAUUGAAAUAGGUCCAACAUCUCAGAUGUUGGUUAGAAAAGAGUUUCUUGCACUAGUAAUGGAACUAUUUACCCCAAAAAUUAAAGUUUUGUCUUUAUUUACUCAUCUGAUUUUUUCCCCCUUGAAGACGAUAACAAGCGGGGGUCAAUAUGAACCGUAGUUUAAAGAGAGAGAGAGAGAUAAUAUGGACUUUUAAAGACAAUCAAUAAUGAAAGAAUGUUCAUUUUGGGGUAAACAAUCUCAAAGCAUGUGCAUAAGCCUACUUGGCAACAAAAUGAGAUCUGACAAAUGUUUUUUUGGUUCUCUUGAAGGUCUAGAGUGAGUUUCUCUCUAAUAAUACACUGUACGCAUACUGAAUUUUAUUUAUUUCAAUGCAAGUACAGUUAAGCAAGCUGCAUAUUGUGUUUAUACAUUCUGAAUUCUGGAUGGAAGCCUACCUGCCUUGCUCUUUAAUCGUAUAUCGUAAUGGCUGCUCCGUACUGGAUCUAUGUUGCUUUUUGGUUUUUAAUAUUGCACCUUAAACGUUUCUUAGCACCAACGGCCUCCAAAGCAGAACAUUUUUCCUUACGAGAGAUUAUUUUACAUUAAAAUGCAUCAGAUCACUGAUAGCACGCUUACAUCACCCAGACGUCUAUUUGAUGUGUUUACAGUAUUUUAUUUACAUUGUUUACUUAUCAAUACAUUUAUGAGAUGUACUGUAUGCCAAUAUUUAUGUCUCAGAUGUCAAUAAGA